CAGCUAUAGUGUCACUGAUCAAUGUAAACCUCAUUUCCUUGAAAACAAGAUCCAAAGUAUGCAAUUAUGACGUGCAGCUAUUUAUAAUUGCAUCUUUCGAUAAAUAUGCAAAUUUUAUCCUAACAUAAAGUUAUUCAUAGACGUACCUUACGCAUUGCAUAAUUUAUUUAGAAUCACUUUCGUGCAAUAAAACGAUGGAUGAUCAACAAGGCGCUAAACCAGAGUUGGAGACGAUAGUCUUCAGAAGUAAGGUGUUCAAGCCGAGGAACUCGGUGUUUACGGAUCUCUUCGAGAAUGACCACAUGCGAAGCGUGUACAACCUCGGGAUGGCGCUGUGUAUUGGUACGAUUGCUUAUUCGUCGUUUCACGAUUACUACCACAAGGGAUGUGUAUACGUUAGCAUUCCGCUGAUCAUCAACGCGUUUGCACAGUUGGAUAUCCUGAUACUAAUUUGGUUUGGUAUGUUCUUCUCCACCUUGGUAGUUUACUACGGCUUUAAAUACUGGGCGAACGGUACAAACGAACUUCAACUGAUGGGGGGAUAUACUGCUCUUUGGGAUGUGCCAUGGACAAUUAUUUUGUUGCUAUAUUUCGGUUGCUUACUGUAUUUCCCUCCCUACGCCGUUAUUAAAUACAACUUGGGCGUGCUCUCAACCCUAGCAAUCCUAAUGGAACAGCUAAGGUUCGUUAUGAAAAUGUACGCGUUCGUCAGGAGUAACUGCCCGAAAUACCUAAAGGGAGGGCUAAAGGAAAAAUUAAAGAUCGUCCAUCCCACGUUCUCUCAUUAUUUAUACUUUUGGUUUGCACCCACGUUGGUCUAUCAGGAUAAUUAUCCCAGAGCAAAUCGUAGCAUCAGAUGGGGUACAAUAGCCGGCUGGUUAUUACAACAAGGCAUUGGAACGCUCGCCUCGGCGAUCAUAUGGGAAAACAGCUACAAACCGGGCCUGAUGGAGUACGGCUUGAAGCCAUUUACCACCAUGGAGGUCAUACUGGUGGGCGUAAAAAAUGCGCACUUAGGCCUAAUGAUCAUGUUACUCGCCUUCUACUACUCGUACCACUGCUACUUUAACAUUUGGGCCGAGCUGCUCGGAUUUGAAGAUCGUCUGUUUUACUCCGACUGGUGGAUCUCCUCGUCUUUGGAACGAUUUCUGCGCUCGUGGAGCAUCAUUAUGCACGACUGGCUCUACCUGUACCUCUACAAGGACGUUUACGAAUUCGUUUUUCCGAACCGAAAGCUUCUCUCCAAGAUCAUGGUGUAUGUGCUAUUGGCCGUGGGCCACGACUAUAUCAUAUGUUUUUCGUGCAGGAUUUAUUUACCUUUGCAUUGUAUUUUGUACACAGUUACAGUUAUCUUACUGAAUACCGGUAAUGUUAGGUGUGGUCAGUUUGGAAACGUACUCUUGUGGUUAGGUUAUACGUCUCUAGUGACAACACUUUUUACCAUUUUUACACUUGAAUACUAUGCACGCCAAAACUGUCCGUUGAAGGAGGGUGAUGUGUUUUCACAUUUGGUACCCCGAUUCUUACAGUGUCAGAUGUAGCUUUCUAGUCAUUUGAUCAGUAAAUACACUUAAACAACGA